UUUGCCUCGCGCUUCACACCUCCACCAACAUGCAGUUCCGCUACCUCGCCUUCUUCCUCGCGACCGCUUCAGCGAUGGCCCCCGAGCACCACCACCACCGCCACCACCGUCACCACGACGCUGAAGAGUCCUGCACCAACGUCAGCGUCGAAGGCGACAGCACGUACUGCAUCCGCGGUCCCAUCUGCUCGGGCUCGACCAACGGUAGCGGUGCGUGCCCCAAGAAGGGCGAUACGGCCGUUGCCAACUGCGUCAGCAACAUCCCGAGCUACGUGAGCGCCGGCGUGUGCAAGGCCAAGCGCGACGCGGUCUGCACCAAGCUCAAGACGGGUGCCUUUGGGUGUGCCUACCCGCGCGCUGAGACGGAAGUCAUGGCUGCCGACGCCGAAGCCGCCUGCACCAACGUCAGCGUCCAGGGCGACGCCACGUACUGCAUCGACGGUCCGAUCUGCGGCGGCAACGGCGACAAGUGUCCCAAGAAGGGCGACAAGGCCGUCCACAACUGCCUCCCCAACCUCAAGAGCUACGCCAACGGCGGCUGCGUGGCACCGGUCGACGCCGUGUGCCAGACGAUCGCAUCUGGCGCCCGUGGGUGCGUCUUUGGCGCCACGCCGGCACCGACGCCCGUGACGACGCCGGCCGGCUGCACCAACGUCAGCGUCGAGGGCGACGGCACAUACUGCAUCACGGGUCCGAUCUGUGCCGGCUCGACGGACGGCAGCGGCGCGUGUCCCAAGAAGGGCGACCCGGUCGUCGCCAACUGCGUCAGCAACAUCCCGAGCUACGUGAGCGGGUCGUGCUCCGCGCCCCGCGACGCCAAGUGCGUCAAGCUCAAGACCGGUGCGUUCGGCUGCGCGUUUGCACCAGUCGAAGCCGAGGUCCAGGUCGCCGCCGCCGAGACCGUCGAUGCUGUCCAACAAGCCUGCACCAACGUGAGUGUCCAGGGCGACGCCACGUACUGCGUCACGGGUGCGAUCUGCGGUGACGCGGGCGACCAGUGUCCCAAGAAGGGCGACAAGGCCGUGCAGAGCUGCGUGGCGGGUAUCCCGAGCUUUGCCAACGGCAACUGCGUCGCACCGUCGGACGGCGUGUGCCAGGUGCUGCGUCCGGGCGGUCCCAAGGGCUGUGUGUUUAGCGCGCCGUCCGCGACACCGUCCGUGACGCCGUCCGUGACACCCGCGUCGACGCCGGCGACGGACAACAGCAAGGUGUGUGCCGAGAACUGGAGCCAAUGCAACGGUCAGAACUGGCCGUUCGGCGUCUGCUGCAAGAACGCGGGCUGGAAGUGCGUCAAGCACAACGACUACUACUCGCAGUGCCUCCAAGGCUAAAUGUCCUUGUUGUUCUCUUAAACUUCUUGAAUGUAUCAACAACUUUUGUGUACUUCUA